AAUUAUGCCAGCCUAUAAAAGCAACUUAGAAGUGCAAAUCAAAUAAGAUUAGAAAUAAGGGAUGGGUCUAAUAGAUCAUGAAUAGACAGACACGUUCCCAGUAUGGAAAUUUAGAGGAGGUUCAACUACAAUAUAUGAGGAGAGUAAUAAUGAAAUGCAUUUUACAGAUUAAGUGUAUACCGAGAGCACUGAGAUGUUGCCGAAUAAGAAUUUGCUCUUGAAAGUGAGUAAAUAAAGUAAGACAAAUCUAUAUAUCAUCAUUUUUAGAAAAUCAUUAUGAAAUCCUUUUGUCUGUAAUGUAGCCACCUUUCAUGGUUGUUAAGGACAUAAAAUCAUCCAAUGGAUCUGAAUAUCCUCUCGUAGUUAAUUCCAUCAUUCGAUUAGGAAGAGUGUAUUAAUUAUACACUAUUAAUUUAAAGUGAGUACAAGGUCAUAGAAGAACGUAACAAGCAUAUGCAGACAUUUCAAGCACCCUGUUCUCUCAAAGUAUAAAAAUUAGACAAUCAAAUUUUAGUACUCCUUCCUCAACAAUAACAAUCUGACAUAUUAAUGUAAGUUUUGUUUCAUGGAAGGAAAACAAAGCAAGGACUAACUCUUUCUUACUAAUAUUUGUCGUUGUGCUGGUAAUGGCUAGGCUGUUCAUUUGGACUGUUUACGUUACUGGGUAGAUUCCAAUAUUAUCAAAGAAGAAACUCAAUUUGGAUUAACACUUAAAUGGUUACAUAAUUUUUCAUAUUAGGAAUAAGCAACAUGAAUGUUCUAUUUGUAAAGAAAGUCUCCCAAUUCGAGUUCAGUAUGAAGAUGAAUACUUCGAUCUUUUUACACUUGACAGACCUGAUUUAUAAUACAUUCUUGUUGAAGUACAAUCAAAAUUCUAUCAUUAGAAUAUCAAUAAAGAGAAGAAUUUAUGCAAUGAAAUCUAUUUAAUCCAUAGUCUUUUAAAUGAUAAUAUAAAAAUUGUAAUUAAUUUCAUUAUAUUAAAAGGGAAGAGGAUUUCAAUGUGAUAUCAAAGCCUAAGACAUUACUGUCUCUAGACACCAUGCUACUAUCAAAUUAACUGAUGGUAACUUUGUAAUCUAGGACAAUAAAAGUAAAUUUGGAACUUUGGUAUCAAUAGAUAAAAAAAUUUCGAUUGAUUGUGCAGCUUGUAGUUUAUAAAUUGGCAAAUUAUUAAUCAAUUUUAUCUAAUCUGAUUAUAUUUAAAAAGGUAUAAUUCAAUUAAUGUAGGUGCUCCAUCAACUUAACAUAAACUUACUUAACUACCUUAAAUAAAUAAAUAAUUAGAUGAAGAUGAACCAUAAAUGGAUGAUGAUUCUUUUCAAUUAGAAAAUAAAUGA